UUUUUUAUCAUUUCCUGAAAUCCUAGUACAGAAAUGUAACCUGCUUCAAGAAGUGAGAUGGUGUUUUGGAAAUCUUUACUUACUCUGUACCCUGAAGAUGAUUUGCUUCGGACAAGAGGUUUUUGGGUGCUGCUGAAAUUUUGGAGAUCUGGGAAAACGGGGUAAUAAUAUGACACCAGCUCUUAAGCAGCAACAUCUGCUGUGGUUCAAAGCCACACAAAGAAAGCUGCUUAAGCAGUCGAAUGUUUUGGACUGCACGGACAAGUGUGGUUCAUCUGCAAAGACUGCAAAGUAGAAGAAAUUUAAAGUCGAGAGAAGUUAAAAAAUGGAAUCGUGGAAGAUGAGUAUCUUUAAAAGACAAACAUCGCCUUGUCCUCCAAGCUAUCGAAGAUGUUUGUCUGAACCUGCUUAUGAAAAUUCUGAGAUACAGACAAAUGUAAAGAGGUAUUCAUGGUGUGGUACAGCAAAAAGCAAGAAGAAGAAAAAUGAAUGUGCUAUUUCCAAUCUAGGAAAGCCACUGGGUGCUUAUCGGUGGCAAACACAUCCCAGCUUUAGGUGGAAGGUGGGCAAAAAGGAGAGAUUACAAAAUCAUAAAGGAGACCUAGAUGAACCACAGCAAAAGGUCCUCCCAAAGAUCAUUGGUAAUGAUGCUUCUUUCUCAGCUAAUGAGGUCCUUGGAACAUCAACAGAGAAGCUGAACCUGGUCAAUACCCGGUCAUUUCGGGUUCCAUUCACCAGAUCCAUUUCAGAACCAGCAGCCCACUGCAGUAUCAGAUUUGCUAGACCUUGGCCUACUUCAGUGGGAUCGGUGGAGUCUGAGCAGCAGGGAUUCUUCAUCCGUGGUAUUUUCUCUACUCUUUCCAAUGGCUUCUCCAGAAUGCUGAGUCUGAAAGGAGAAUUACCCAAUGAGCCAGGAAGAGAAGAUGUGAAAGGGCCACCUACCCACCGUCUGUCUUGUGGUCAGUCACCCUACACUGAGACCACAACAUGGGAGCGGAAGUAUUGCAUUCUCACAGACAGCCAGUUGGUGUUGCUCAACAAGGAGAAGGAGGUACCUGUGGAGGGGGGACAGGAGCAGCAGACAGAUCCCACCAAAGGGCGAUGCCUGAGGAGAACUGUGAGCGUCCCUUCUGAGGGUCAGUUUCCUGAGUACCCACCAGAGGGUGCCGCCAAACUGGAGGUGCCGGCAGAAAGGUCCCCCCGCAGACGGAGUAUCUCAGGGACCAGUACAUCAGAGAAACCCAGCUCCAUGGACACUGCAAAUACCUCACCCUUCAAAGUACCAGGGUUCUUCAGCAAGCGCCUGAAAGGCUCCAUCAAGAGGACCAAAAGCCAAUCAAAGCUUGACAGGAACACAAGCUUUCGACUUCCUUCCCUUCGCAAUACAGAUGACAGGUCUCGAGGACUGCCUAAACUAAAAGAGUCACGUUCCCAUGAAUCCUUGCUGAGCCCAUGCAGCGCAGUGGAAUGUCUGGAUCUUGGUAGAGGGGAGCCUGUAUCAGUGAAACCACUCCAUAGUAGCAUUCUUGGACAAGACUUCUGCUUUGAGGUUACCUACUUAAGUGGGAGUAAAUGCUUCAGCUGUAACUCCGCUUCAGAGAGAGAUAAGUGGAUGGAAAACCUUCGCAGGACAGUUCAACCAAAUAAGGAUAAUUGCAGAAGAGCAGAAAAUGUUCUCCGUUUAUGGAUCAUUGAAGCCAAGGACCUCCCCCCUAAAAAGAAAUAUUUCUGUGAACUGUGCCUUGAUGAUACCCUCUUUGCUCGUACAACCAGCAAGACCAAAGCAGACAAUAUUUUCUGGGGUGAACAUUUUGAAUUUUACAGCCUCCCACCUCUUCAUAGCAUCACAGUUCACAUUUAUAAGGAUGUGGAAAAAAAGAAGAAAAAGGACAAGAAUAAUUAUGUAGGGCUAGUCAACAUUCCCACUGCCAGUGUGACUGGUCGCCAGUUUAUAGAAAAGUGGUAUCCAGUGAGUACACCUACACCCAACAAAGGAAAGACAGGAGGACCUUCCAUUCGGAUUAAGUCACGUUUCCAAACUAUCACCAUUCUGCCUAUGGAGCAAUACAAAGAAUUUGCAGAAUUUGUCACCAGCAACUACACCAUGCUCUGUUCUGUCCUUGAGCCAGUAAUUAGUGUGAGGAACAAAGAGGAGUUGGCCUGUGCCUUAGUGCACAUUCUUCAAAGUACUGGGAGAGCCAAGGAUUUUCUGACUGACUUGGUGAUGUCUGAGGUGGAUCGAUGUGGAGAGCAUGAUGUCUUGAUCUUCAGAGAGAACACCAUUGCCACCAAAUCUAUUGAGGAAUACCUCAAGUUGGUGGGACAGCAGUAUCUUCAUGAUGCAUUGGGGGAGUUCAUCAAAGCCCUGUAUGAGUCAGAUGAAAACUGUGAAGUGGAUCCCAGCAAAUGUUCAUCUAGUGAACUGAUAGACCAUCAGAGCAACCUGAAGAUGUGCUGCGAGCUGGCUUUCUGCAAGAUCAUCAACUCUUACUGUGUUUUCCCUCGUGAGCUGAAAGAAGUAUUUGCAUCAUGGAAGCAGCAGUGCCUGAACCGAGGCAAGCAGGACAUCAGCGAGCGGCUCAUUAGUGCCUCAUUAUUUCUCCGUUUUCUCUGCCCAGCCAUUAUGUCUCCCAGUCUUUUCAACCUUAUGCAGGAGUAUCCUGAUGACCGCACCUCUCGAACUCUAACUCUUAUUGCCAAGGUCAUCCAGAACCUGGCCAACUUCGCCAAGUUUGGUAACAAGGAGGAAUACAUGGCAUUCAUGAAUGAUUUUUUAGAACAUGAAUGGAGUGGAAUGAAGCGCUUUCUUUUGGAGAUUUCUAAUCCAGAUACCAUCUCAAACACCCCAGGCUUUGAUGGUUACAUUGAUUUGGGCAGAGAGCUUUCAGUUUUGCAUUCUUUAUUGUGGGAAGUAGUUUCCCAACUUGAUAAGGGUGAAAAUUCCUUCCUACAGGCGACCGUGGCAAAAUUGGGACCCCUCCCUCGUGUCCUUGCUGAUAUUACCAAGUCCCUGACUAAUCCUACACCAAUACAACAACAACUGAGACGUUUCACUGAGCAUAACUCCAGUCCAAAUGUCAGUGGAAGCCUCUCUUCUGGGCUGCAGAAAAUAUUUGAGGACCCCACUGACAGUGAUUUACAUAAACUGAAAUCUCCAAGCCAGGACAACACAGACAGCUAUUUCAGAGGGAAAACAUUAUUGCUGGUUCAGCAAGCCUCCUCCCAGAGCAUGACUUACUCUGAAAAGGAUGAAAAGGAAAGUAGUCUCCCUAAUGGUCGGAGCAUCUCUCUCAUGGACCUACAGGACACUCACGCUGCUCCAGUGGAGCAUGCCUCUGUCAUGCUUGAUGUGCCUAUGCGUUUGACCGGAAGCCAGCUUUCCAUAACCCAGGUGGCCAGCAUCAAACAACUUCGGGAAACCCAGAGCACUCCCCAGAGUGCACCCCAAGUGAGGAGGCCCCUGCACCCAGCCUUGAACCAACCAGGCAGCCUCCAGCCCUUGUCCUUCCAGAACCCAGUCUAUCACCUCAAUAAUCCAGUUCCAACAAUGCCAAAGGCCUCUGUGGAUUCCAGUUUGGAGAACCUAAGCACUGCCAGUUCCAGAAGCCAAAGUAACAGUGAAGACUUCAAACUCAGUGGACCUAGCAAUAGUAGCAUGGAGGAUUUCACCAAACGUAGCACUCAGAGUGAUGACUUCUCCAGGCGGCACACUGUGCCAGACAGACACAUACCUCUCGCCCUUCCUCGGCAAAAUAGUACUGGGCAGGCCCAAAUCCGAAAAAUGGACCAGGCCGGGUUAGGUGCCCGAGCCAAACCACCACCAUCCCUGCCUCACAGUGCUUCCCUACGUAGCACGGGGAGCAUGUCAGUGGCAUCUGCAGCCCUGGUGGCUGAACCUGUGCAGAAUGGGAGCCGGUCCCGGCAACAGUCUUCUUCCUCCAGAGAAAGCCCUGUUCCCAAAGUGAGAGCCAUCCAGAGACAACAGACACAGCAGGUAGGGGUUCAGUCACCUGUGGACUCUGCCACAAUGUCCCCAGUAGAGAGGACAGCAGCCUGGGUUCUGAACAAUGGGCAAUAUGAAGAGGAUGUGGAAGAAACUGAGCAAAAUCAAGAUGAAGCCAAGCAUGCUGAGAAGUAUGAACAGGAAAUUACUAAACUGAAGGAACGCCUGAGAGUAUCCAGCCGGCGGCUAGAGGAAUAUGAACGCCGGUUGCUGGUGCAGGAACAGCAGAUGCAGAAGCUGCUGCUAGAAUACAAGGCCCGGCUGGAGGACAGCGAGGAACGUCUGCGCAGGCAGCAGGAAGAGAAGGACAGCCAGAUGAAAAGCAUCAUCAGCAGGCUAAUGGCUGUAGAAGAGGAAUUGAAGAAGGAUCAUGCUGAGAUGCAAGCAGUUAUUGAUGCAAAGCAGAAAAUCAUUGAUGCACAGGAAAAACGGAUCAUGUCCCUGGAUUCGGCCAACACCAGACUGAUGAGCGCGUUGACCCAAGUGAAAGAGCGGUACAGCAUGCAGGUUCGCAAUGGCAUCUCCCCCACCAACCCCACCAAGCUUUCCAUCACGGAGAAUGGUGAAUUCAAAAACAGCAGCUGCUGAUGGGCUGUAUGAACAGACAGACUACCGAAGGAGACAGAAGGAAAUUUACCCACUCUCCUCUCUCUAGCCCUUUACCCCGCCCCUCCAGGUUUAUAGAGUGUUGCUACGUCAGAACGGCAAUGUGAAGAGAAACUCUUGACUGAAGAAAGGAACCUUGUCUUUCAGGGCAUCAGGCUAAGACUCCAAGGUCAACUCUUUUCCCCCAUGUCUCUUUGUACAUAGAGAACUUAGUUCUGGGCCAUGUACAGAAAAUACCGCUGUAAUAUACCAAAAGGAAGUUAAUAAUGUAGAUUACCUUUUUAAUUAUUGCUAUUUUUAUUAUUGUUUUCCUCUUGUUGCAAGCACUGCAGUUGUUAGAGGAGGAAACGUAGGAACUAUGUGUGAGUGAAGAACGAGCCUGUGGGCUCAGUAGCUGGAGACCGAGUGUCUACCUGAUAGAAGCACAUGGAGUGCAAUAGGACAUUGUCAGAAUGAACUUUCAGGGAUUCAUCUGCCAGUUUAAAAGCCCCACUCUGGCCCCGUGUCUUUUCAGAAAACAUGCAAAUACCAAGAUCCAAAUAAAACAAUAAUUUAUCCUGCUGAUCAACCAAGACUGGUUCUGGUCGGACAGCUAAUUCUGAUUUGGGGACUCACUUUCAGAGGACACAGCUAAGAGCUGUUGCAUCAAAACUGGACUUUAGGAGUGAUUUCUAUCGAACACCUGUCAAUAUGUUUAUUUCCUUCUGUCUGUGGCAGGUGGGAUUUUCCAUUUUAGAUAGGGGACUUUUUUUUUUUUUUUACCCCAAUUGUAAUAAAGAGUGUUCGUUUUCCUCUUUAGAGUUUACAAAACUAUAAAUAUUUGUGUCUCUACUUACCAUCUUCAUCUUCACACACUCACUGCCUUUUCCUCCCCCAAGGUGGGAGCGUCAUCACCAACAGGGUUUACUCUCCCCUGGAGAGGUUAUUCAAAUAUGUUAUCUGUAAGCCAUCCAAAAUAAACCCCCUUUCCUUCUCACAGAAAAGGGCUAACCACACCACAGCAGGAAUCUCUGACUACUUCCUAAUUUAAAAAAGCAUUUCCUAUUUGUAAGUUAUAAGUUUUAUUUGGGAUAAAUAUUUUAUCCAUUGUUCUAGCAAAUCUAUGGUCAGGGUACUUUUAUCUGGAUCUUAAACUUUUAAAUUGCUUCUUUUUCCUUUUAUUCUCUUAGUAAAAUUUGGAAAAGAAAUUCAAAUCUGAAGUAUCACUCUCUUAAAAGUGAUGAUUACUCUUAUAAAAAAAGAAAUUUGGAAGUGUGGGGAUGCAAACUGCAAUUGUUAUUCCCAGGAAAAAAUAAUUAAGUCCAUACUCUUGGUACAUUUGACUAUAAUGACCCAGUUUCAACAUUUGUCAUCCAUGACUUUAUUGUAAGACAUGUUAUAGGACAGAAAAGGUCAUAGAGACUAAUGUAUUUCCUUUUUUUCAGACGUGUGAAAUGUCAUCUUGAGUGCAACCUUGAUUAUCGGAAGUAUGGGAUGUUAUAUGCUAAACAGACGUAUAUACAGAUAUAUACACACACAUAUAUUCACACGUAUGUACAUAUAACUGCACAAAUAGGAAAAAUUCAUGCCUUCUAUGCUGUCAGAUAUAAUGUUAAAAAGAUUUGGAAUCUCUUUAAGCAAAGUCUUAGCAGCUGUUUUACAUUGAGAAAGCAACAGUGUUUCUCAUUAACUUAAUGAUGUUUAUUUUAAAUUAAAAAGUUUAAGGAAAUACCAAAAAAAAAAAAAGGUGGGGGAAAACCUAAGGGAGACGUAUACAUGCAGUGCCAUGCAGUGAGUGUUUCUGCAUAACAGAAUGUUGUUAAAGGAACAAGAGAACAUUUAUGGCAUCCUCUUUCUAGUGAAGCCCAUCCUAGACCCCAAGCCUUUUUUCUCACUGGACCCCGGGCUUGCAUUCUGCCCUCUUGAGCACUGGUCUCUCUUAGGUGGAUCUUUGUGGUGGACCUUGCAUUUCAGCAACCUCACCGUGGCCCCCCGCCCCAUAGCCUUUGUAAAAAAUUUGCUUCACAAUAGCCCCUGUUAGUACCAGACAGUGAUCUAAAACAGGAGUUUCUCACCGUGCUUAUCUGCUCUGCAGAGUUCAUGCCCUCUUGUGUUUUUUUUUGUGUGUGUGUGUGUGUGUGUGUUUUCUAGACCCUCGGUAGUUAUUUUACAAAUUCUUAUCUCUACUCUCCAAGCUGAGGGUACGGUAUGGUCAGAAUCACUUAUUUUAAUAGGAAAAAUAGUUACCAAUUCUGAAGCAGUGCCCCUUGUUGGAGGAGGGAGGAAUAUAAACAUAGUCUGUUCUUGCUUGUUGUGGCUCUCCUGCCUCUGGAAAAAAAAAAAAAAAAAACGCCUCUUAAAAAAAAAAAAGCGUUGGUAAUGGAUUACAGAGGGCUUAUAAGAUUACCUAUAUGAGGGGAAAGAGGGGACAAAAAAAUCAAAUGUAUUUUUGAUGGAUGCAAUAUAUCUCAUUAGCAUAGUGGAAGCUCCUUAGAGGGUUGUCUGCAUUGAAGUCUAAAUGCCCAAAACUUUUGGCUAGAUUAUGCAACCCUCUAUUAUCAGGUUAUCUUGAAUGAAAAGAGUAGGGUAGAAAAAUGGAAGCAAGCUAAAAGUUCAGUUGUUGCCAGAUGUUAAAUUUUAGAUUGUGCUUUAAGCCUACUUCUAUCGAAGUCUUUUUCUGGGUAUUUCUUUAGAGAAUGCUGCAAUCUAUAGAACUUAUUCUAAUUUUUUUUUUUUUUUUAAUAUGAAGGAAAGCAGCAACAGCUGAUAAUGAGUUUUUAUGGAGGUGUUGCUUUAGCCCAAAUAGGUACACACCUCUGUUUUGCUGGGAGGAGGUUCAUGGUUGAAGAAAGAUGGGUGGAUUAAGCUAGCUGAGUCUUGCACUCCCUGUUUCACUCCGCAUAUCACCACCUUGCAGGGUGCAGGAUGGAGCAGGGUUGAGUGAAAUUUAGAAUUCAGGUGAAAUGCUCACAAAGUGCUUGCCUGGCUGCUUACCAAGAACAGCUAAAUGUAGGCAGGGUUCAGAAAAAAAAGAGUUUCAUACUCCCUUUUUAUUUCACUGGAGCAAUAACCUUUCUGGGCCUAAACAGCAAAAAAGAGAUCCAUCAGGUCAUCAUAUUCCCUGAGUCUCUGCAAUAAAAGCCAUGACAGAGGGGAAAUGAUAAUGAGGUAACUAUAAUGGACAUUGGAGCACUUAGUGCAUUCCAGGCCCAUGACCAAGGUACUAUUGGGGUAGGUAAUCAUGCUGCUAUAGCUUUUUGCUUUUUUCACUUGAUAUUGAGUUGGUCAGAAUUCACUUUCUGAGUGGUUUACAACUACCUUUCCCUAUGAUGGUGUUAGACUGUGCUGCAUAUGGUGAAAGAUAACAAGAUUUCUUGUCUGAGACUACUGUCCAUUUCUACAAGCAUUAACUAUCUGCCCUUGAGAAUUAGCUUGACUUCAGAAGUAAAGCUUUUCAGAUCUCAGUCUACCCCUGGCCUUUGUUAAUGGACCUGUAGUUCUUAUAGACUCCUGGCUUUCAGUCUUUCCUCAGAGGCACACUGUGUUGGGAUCAGAGCAAGACAACUGCCAUCAAGUGAGUUUGUAUCGGCAUUUGUUUUGCCUUCCAUCUGGGUUUAGUUGUCGUCCUCUCCAGUUUGGAGUUCUUGAAAAGGCUGAUUGUGAGACUGAGCUUGGGGAAGGAACCCUCUUCAGGGUCACUUCAGUCCCAGGAGUCUACCCCACUGUGACCCUGGCCCAAGGCCUGGUACCAGACUAGAUUUGUCGCUGGGCCCCAGCCCAUGCUGCAGCUUUACUGCAUUUCUCAGCUACACCCUGGGAGGCCAUCUUCUCCCACAGAUGGUGGAAAGCGAAAGACAUUCCUCUGCAUUCCCCUGCAUUUUUCAGGUGUAGUAAUGAAAUCCUCUGCUUGCCCCAGCAGAAAAUACACAGUUGCCUUCCCACCCCCUAACUGGGGGGCCAAAAAUUUGGGAUACUUUUUUUUUUUUUUAAGUCAAUUUAUCAAUUGAGAGGACUUAUUUUACAGUUUUUUGAAAGCAAGAAAUGUUCAAGUGUUGAAUUUUUAAAUCAAAUCUCUUUUCUAGAGGCAUUCACUUGUGCUGACCAUGCUCUUGAGUUUAGGAAGGACAAAAGCGAUGAAAUUUGCAUGAGAUAGAAUAAAUAUCUCAUGAGCAGGGAAAGAAGCUGAGGAAGAUACAUGAUCCAAAAAGGGAUUAAUGCAUUGCAGCCUUCUCAGUAGCCCAGAGGUUCAGAGGAAACAGAGGAGGAUUUAUACCCCUUGGCUGCCCUUAAAAUACAUGGAUACAUGGAAUAGCGGUUUCUGUAGACAGCACAUAGACCCUCCCCCCCACACACACAGGCACAAAACAUAGUUACUGGGCUUCCCUUUUCUGAAUGUUAAUCCAUUUUAUAAAGCAAUGAUUCCUAGACUUUUUUAAGUUGGUAAGAUUUUAUGGUGGUCAUUUUUUUUUCCUAUUAAAAAAUUACGGGUUAUGUGUAUAUAUAAGUUAAAGUCACUGGAAAUUGAUUUGGUUUGACAUUGUCCCCAGUAACUUAAAUAUUGUCCAUUGACACCAUGGGGAGUCAUAGAAAGAAAGGGGAAUAUCACUGAUCUAAAAAAAAAAAAAAAAAAAAAUUAGGAUCCAGAAAGAACUGGCUUUGUUACUGAUCAGUUAAUCCUCAGGUGUUCAAGUAACCGAUCCAACAAGACUUGGCAAGCGCAGGGAGCCACCCAAGAAAAGGCAAGUGGUAGUUUUCACUCAUAUUUCAGCAUGGGUUUUAAUUCCCUACUCAGUUCUUAUGUUUCACUGAAAUGCCCUCAUUUUUCUCUAGGAAAUUUUUUAGUUUGGGACUUAAAAUCAUAUUUAUCUGUUGUUUCAGAGAGAUCUCCACAGAAGCUGUGUUUUAGGGAUCUCUAUCACCUGUGUGUGGGUGCAAAUGUUUGUGUAUAAAUCUCAUAUUUAUGUCAUUUCUAAACUCCCAAGGGAGAAAUUCUGAUUCCUCAUUCACCAAAAGGUUAAAUACUAAUUAACUCAAACCACUAUCUUGCAGAAAAGUUAAAAUAAAUAGUAAAAGUUACAUCUUGACUGGUGCUUAGACAUUUCUUAGUUAUAUGAUAAUGAACUCGAGCAGACAGCAGCAGCACAUUAACCUGAAUCACACCUGUGAGGAAUUUACUUUCUAAAAUUUGAUUUUUCUUUUUUUUUUCAUCUCCAGGGCCUUAGUAAGAGUAUGUUAAUACACAUGACUAUUUUACAAUGAUAGCGCUAAAUAAUUUAUUUUUUAUUUCAAGAAA